ACGAGAACUGCUUGGGGUAUAAGAGAAAUACGACGAAAGGUCUGAGCAUAGGUUCAUAAGCACUACCGUAGCUUGAUAACCCGACUUGGCGCCGUUACGCUGAUGCGUCGCCUCCACUUGUUAUUCGGUCCUGCUUAAUUCCUGCGAUUUGAUUGGCUGAAUGGGAGGUGCAUUCGUGAAUCGGAUUGGUCGAUAGGAUUCCACGGUUUUUCAAUCAAAUGAUGUGGCUGACUUCACUUUUGCUUUUUGAAUCGCAUCGCCACCAUGUUGUCCCGAAGCCUGCCUCGUUCGUCUGCGCUCUUCCGCGGCCAAGUGGCGCGCCUGUCCACCGCGGCCGGUGUCCGCGUGGAAACCGAUUCCCUCGGAAAGGUCGACGUGGACGCGUCCAAGUACUGGGGCGCGCAAACCCAGCGCUCCUUGGAGAACUUUCCCAUCGGCGGCGACCGCGAACGCAUGCCGAUGCCAGUGAUCAAGGCCAUGGGCAUUGUCAAGAAGUGCGCCGCCAAGUACAACUUGAAAUUGGGCAAGUUGGACAAGGCGAUCGCGGAAAACAUCAUCAAGGCCGCCGACGACGUCAUCGCGGGCAAGUUGGACGACCAUUUCCCCUUGGUGGUGUUCCAAACCGGAUCGGGCACCCAAUCCAACAUGAACACGAACGAAGUGAUCUCGAACCGCGCGAUUGAGUUCAUGGGCGGCGAGCUCGGGUCCAAGUCGCCCGUGCACCCGAACGACCACGUCAACAUGGGUCAAUCGUCCAACGACUCAUUCCCCACCGCCAUGCACAUCGCGGCUGUCCUGGAAAUCCACCGCGUGUUGCUUCCUGGUCUGCGCAAGCUGCAUGCCGCGCUCGACGCCAAGGUCACCGAGUUCGACGACAUCAUCAAGAUUGGCCGCACGCACACGCAGGACGCGACCCCCAUGACCCUCGGCCAAGAGUUCUCGGGGUACCGCGAACAGAUCGCGUACUCGAUUCAGCGCGUGGAAGCCGUGUUGCCCAACUUGUACAAGCUCGCGCUGGGCGGCACCGCCGUCGGCACGGGCCUCAACACCACCAAGGGCUACGACAAGGAGAUCGCAGCGAUCAUUGCGGACGAGACCAAGCUCCCGUUUGUGACGGCGCCCAACAAGUUUGAAGCGCUGGCGGCCAACGACGCGGUCGUGGAGGCGUCCGGCGCACUCAACACGAUCGCAUGCUCGCUCAUGAAGAUUGCCAACGACAUCCGGUUCCUCGGCAGCGGGCCCCGCAGCGGCCUCGGCGAACUCAACCUCCCCGCGAACGAACCCGGGUCGUCCAUCAUGCCCGGCAAGGUCAACCCGACGCAGUGCGAGGCCAUCACGAUGGUGUGUGCGCAAGUGAUUGGCAAUCACGUGGCGGUGACCGUGGGCGGGUCGAACGGCCACUUUGAACUGAACGUGUUCAAGCCCGUGAUGAUCUCCAACCUGAUCUCGUCCAUCCGACUCAUCGGCGACAGCGCCGUGGCGUUCACCGACAACUGCGUUGUGGGCAUCGAAGCCAACCGCGACACGAUCGACCGCCUCAUGAAGAACUCGCUCAUGCUGGUCACGGCCCUCAACCCGCACAUCGGGUACGACAAGGCAUCCAAGGCGGCCAAGAAGGCGCACACCGAAGGCACGACCCUCAAGGAAGCCGUGCUCGCCCUCGAGUACUUGACGUCCGACGAGUUUGACCGCUACGUCCGCCCCGAAGACAUGAUCGGACCCAAGUAACAUGUUUCCAACAACAAGGCACUUUAUGUGUAUAGACGAGUUUAUUGCCAUCUUGUACGGGAUGGGAUGGUUGCAUGUCACUUGGUGCCUGCGAUCAAGAUAUAUAGACCGACGCACCUGCAUCAACUUGCCAUAGCGUUCGUGACCCGCUGCCGUAAAGAACCACAUCAUCCACCUCUAGUCUAGAGAUCAUGGAGGUACAGGGCCAAGAGCACAUUCAAGUCAUUCAUACACAGGGGGGCACUUACAGGGCCGUGGCGGCCAGCAUAGGGUUGAUGUCAUGGGCAAGGGAGACAACGAUACUCCCAAGCGUGUAAGCGUGAUGCUGUAGAGUACGCUAACACGCUUGGGAGUAUCGUUGCGAUCGAUGGAGCAGAGGCACAAAAGCAGCGCCAUAACCCCGAGACGGGAGAUCGCACUGGCAUUGCGACAUUAGAUAACGUCGC